UAAGCUCUGGGAACUCUGUUCCGCGGCUGACGAUCGCACUGUUCGCGCUAGCAACGAAUCGCCGUGUGCGUGGGAACGAACGGGAUGCAAGUAAACACGGCUCAGCCGCCUAUCUUCCACUACACAACAAGCGCGACAGCGAGCGCCACUUCAGACGAGGAAGCCGCGAUCCGAAGCAUUAAUUUCGUAUGAUUGUGUGUUGUUUGGUUAAAAUUUUCUCUUGAAUCAUCGACAGAAAAAGAUUGAACGAACGAAAGCCAGUGUCGGGAACACGACCAUUCCGGGUAAAUAAGGAGUAGUGCGACAAGCAACGAGAUGAGCAGCCGGAUGGACAAUCUGGACCUGCUGACGGACGAUGAGCUGCGGCAUCGUCUGAUUCAAUACGGCUUCCAGAAUCUGCCCAUUACCGGCAGCACCCGCAAGCUGUUGAUCAAGAAGCUACGGAAUCACAUGGAAAAAGAGAAGGGAAAGUUAAGGCGUGACACGAGUUUUGCGACGCGAUAUUCUUCCGGUGAGGAAUCCGAUGGGGAGAAGCGUUCGAGAAGUGGUGGUGGUGGUGGUGGUAGUCGUAGAGCGACGACGGGAACUGGCGCGACACGGGCGAUGAUGCCACCACCGGCAGCGAGACCUGCCAGCAGACGGAUCAGCAGCAAUUCGGGCAUAUCAACAAACAGCAGUCUACUGGCGAAUAAUAACAACAAUAACAAUGGCAGUCACAACAAAUCGAUUUCGCCUGGAUCCGGCAGAAGUUCGGUUUACAUCUCGCCUGUAAUUAUCAACGAUAGCGAGGAGGAGGACUAUUCCGGUGGUUUGAGGACGACGGGCCGCGUUUUCGGCAACUCAUCUCCCUCGGCUAGUGCAUUAUUUCGACGCAUUACCACCGGUGCCCAUUCCACACCCACGCGAUCUACCACGACAGCGCCAAUAUCGACAGCACAGCUUCCCUCUGCCAGCAACAGCAGCUACCGAGCCACCAUCGGCGGUAACAACAGCAACAACCACGGCCUUGAGCAUACCAAUUCGUCCAAUUCGAAUGGUAGCGCUUCGGAAUCUCCCUACGUCAGUGAGUACACCAAACGGUUGUUACAGCUGCGCGGGGAAACCGUAUCGCACGAGAGCUACAACAAUACCAUUGGAAGUGCCAUAAGCGGUAUUGGGGGUGCUGCUGCUUCUACUGGAAGUAAUCUCAGCUUGAAUCACAGUGGAGCCCCAAUUAGUGGGAACCACUUUCGUAGUCGGUACAGCAGUUACGCGAACCGGUACGGUGUUGGGAAUCAAAGCGAUGGGGGAGGCAAUGGCAGUAGCAGCAGCAACAACAGUGGAGGAUUCAACGAGAACGAUAUCGUAACUCAUGCUCAACCCGAUCCUGAACCACCGCAGAUUCCGUUGAGGGUGGCGAUGGGAAAUCUGAUUUCGAAACUGGACGAACACUACGGUUUCAAGCAGACGUUUAUCCCAUGUGCGCUGCUGUGCCUGUUCAUUGCCUUCCUGGUGUUUGUUGCCUUCAUGUAUAUGAGAAUCAGUCCGGACAUUGCCAGUACGCUCAGUUCAAUAGAUACGAGUUAUGACUUGUGCGACAGCACGACAACGGAUAUGAACAAAUGUGUAGCUCAAUCGGAGCUAGAACCAGCCUUUGAACUAUUGAAACUGCUAGGAACGGAACUUAAGAGCCGGGUGGAAUACAGCAAAUGCGUCGAUGCAAGUGUGCCCUAUUGGAUGAGCGCCGACGAAGUGCUUAAGCUAGCUAAAGAACGCAGUCCAAACGUGUUGAUCCCGCAACUCACAAAAUAUCUGCACACGAUUGAGUACCUGAUCGAUCGGAACCCCCUGUGGAGAAUAAACCACUGUGACCAGGACGGGAAGGAAAUAGAUUUCAUGGAAGUGCUCCGAAGGAGAUCAACCCGAACCAACUACUUUGCCAUUCUGAAACCGAAGUUGCCGUUCACGUGUAUGCUGUACAACAAGUUUCACACGUUCUUCGUGAUUAUCGGUGUGAUCGGACUAGUCGGGAUUAUCACAUAUCUGGUUAACUAUUUCUUCAAAUUUGUACUCUACGUCAAACAGAAGCGUAAAAAUCAGGUGAAUGUAUUAAUCAGCGAAAUCAUCCAAGCGGUCAGUCAAGCAGCGAGUGAACCCUCCGAAGAGGGAGGUGUCGUUGUGGUCAACCAUUUGCGGGACAGGCUUAUCACACCAGACAACCGGAAGAGACUGGAAUGGGCAUGGGUGGAAGCGCUUCAAUUUCUGGAACAAAAUGAAAGCCGAAUCCAGUUCGAAGUGGGAAACCGUGCAGGGGAAGAUUUCAAAAUGAUGCGUUGGAUUGACACCGCACUACUGCCUUCAAGUGGGCGGUCGGUCCCAGGCGGCGCCAAGAAAUGGCAAAGUCCUGCUUUCGAUAAUACCAACAAAAUCCCGGAUCCACCGACCCCGUGUCUGAAGAUUCGUCAGAUGUUCGACAAAUAUGAAGUGAACGAUCCCAACCUGAAAACCAUCGUUCAGGAUGCCAUUCUGGAGAAGGUCGGCUCCCGGUGCAGAAUUUACGACAUUCAACUGGACCGGAAUACCUGCUGUGUGUACGUUCGAUGCGCUUCAGCCAAGGAUGCCGGAAUCGUGCACGAUGAAAUCAACGGCUGGUGGUUCGACAAUCGAUUGGUUUCGAUCAAAUUCCUCCGACUGGAACGCUAUGAGGCACGGUUUCCCCGAUCGUCCGCUGGGCCAGUGUGUCUCAAGCCCUCCAAUCGCAAUAAUAGCUCAAUGUCACAACAACAACAACAACAACAACAGCAACUCGCAGAUCGACCAACGACAAAUCCGCUGGAACGGGACGACGACGAGGAGGAAGAGGAGGAUGAUGACGAUGAUCUGGAACUCGACCAGGAGCCAGAGUGCUAAUUGUUUUAGUUUUAGACCGCUAAUUUUAAAACUAUUUUAGUUGUAAAUUAUCGUGGCUGCUUUAUAAUAUAGAUUGUUUGUUCGUGAGUUAAUUUUCGGACGCUAAUUUCUUUCUUUUAUUAUUCAUCGUUAAAAAAGAGAGUAAACCUCAAGAAGCCAGCAAAAAAUAUCGUUAACGUUAGGGAAAUAAACCAGAGAUAGUAGAGUAAAAUCUUUGUUGGUCUAAUCUAAUGUAGGGCACUGUUGAGACGUCGUAUGAAAAAUAACACUUAACUGCGCGAGCGCGAGACCAAAUCUUAUCAUUUGAAUGAAAAGAUCGCGGCUGUUUACAGAUGCCUCUGCUACGACCUACCGGCUGGCAGCAGGUGGGAAAACGGAAGCGACAAGGCAGAAAAGGAUGGUAUACAAACGAAACGACUGUUAUCACUUAUAUUCCUGCUGAGUACUGACUAAACCCGAGGGGGGAGGGAAACAAGACACAAACAUACAAACACAAAAACACGGAUACAAAUCGACGAUGCGCUAUCAUUAAUUUUAGUUGGUAACUAAACAAAAAGUUAAAGAUAUCUGACUAAAACAAAAAAAAAAAAAACAAAAAAUCUGGAACUUAUUAGAGUAAGGAAAAUUGUAAAAAAUCACAAAAACACAUGAUCGAUUCAGAAAUAAAUAAAUGGCAAA